AGUUAACUUGUAAAGGUGAGACCAAAAUAAACAUCCAAUAAGCAAAUGUCCAAUAGACCCAGUCAGAAACCAACAAUCACUUUCUUAAAGAGACCAUGAAGAUUGCAUCACUAAGGUACACAGCUAAAUCAACUAUGAUCAUUACCAGAGAUAGUCUUUUUUAGACGUUUGGAGCUGUCAGUUUUACGUCGAGUGACUUUAGUCCAAGAUUUGUCUUUAGGACGACGGCCACGUGGGGCUUCCUCAAGGUCAACAUCCUCUGUAUGCCCAGCAUCUAUAUAGUCGUCAACUGGUAUAAGAUUGGGAGCAGCAUUCUCCGGAACAGGAGAAGCGGGUUCUUCAGAGGAUUCCUGUCCAUCUUAGUGAGAGGUAACUGUCAGAAAAGCCAUGUACAAAGUUGAUAUUCAGCGAGACCUGGCUGAAGCUGCUGCUUUGGAGAGAAAAAGAAACAAGGAGUUACAGAGACAAAGUCGCAUCUUUAAUGUCAAAAAUCGCACCAUUGGGGUUGAUGUGGAGACCCUGGCGAACCAGGUGGCAGAGAGAAAGUCACAAGAGGAAAGAGAGAAGGCAGUCAAUGAAGCAUUUGGUGCACAGCAAUUAUACUAUGACAAACUUGCACUCCUCCUUGAGGAGCAUCAGAACCAGAAGACACAGGACCUGAACAAGGCACUACUGGAAUUUAGAGAGCAAUACCAGAAGCCAGAAUCAAGACGAGAGUUUGACCUCAAUGAUCCUGAGGGACUUAAGAAGGAUAAACCUGCUCGUAUAUCUGAUGAUGAUCCCCGCUGUGGUCCUGCCAGCUUGCAGAGGUUUCAAGGAGAAGAUCUGAGUACCACUGCAAGGAAAAAAUUCCAACAGCAGCAAAGUAGGAGCUGGUUGACAGAGCAGCAGAAAGAGAAGGCCACAACCAUGGCUCAGCAGAAAUAUUCAGAUAACCUGUUUGAUCUGAAGAGGAUAGAGCUGGAUCAGAGAGCCAUGCACCUCAGUAACCUAGAAGAGGAAUGCAGAAAAGCUAUUAAUGUGGCUGUGAAAAACAUCAAUCAAGCCCUGGAAGCUGAGUUAACUGAAAAGCAGAGGGUGGAAAAGCAGAGAACUCAGGAGGAAAAUUUUGCUGAAAUGUACAACCACUUAACAAGUAAUAUUCUAACUGAGAACCCUGCGACAGCAAACAGUGUAUUUGGGUCACAUCGGGUUAUCACAGACCGUUGGAAGGGUAUGACACCACAGCAAUUGGAAGAAAUACGAAAAGCUCAGGAGGAACAGUGCCAGGAAAAGAAGAUUAUGAAAGAGGAGGAGAAAAAGCUAGACACAGAGUGGGAUAAACAGCGAUUGCUGUCUGCUGAAGUUGGACUGACAAUCCAGAGAGAACAGGAAAAAAUUUCUAGACAUUUGAGAGAAUCACUGGACAAGUACAAUCAGCAACUAGCCAGGGAGCAAAAUACACAUUUGCAGUAUUUGGAGCAAGAGGUCUACACUAAUCCACCAACAGCACAGUACUUUGCCCAGUUCAACACCAGCAGCCGUUAAGAAACUUGAAGAUAAGAAGAAAAAAGGGUCCAUUCGCAGACCUCCAGUAACAAUGCUGCUCUGCAUACUGCUUUAGAAAUGGAUAUGGCAAGAAUCUGCUUUGAACAAACAUGCAUUUGAAAUGUUGUGACUGUUAUCACAUUUACAUAGUUAAAAUGACAUCUCUUAAAGUAGACUAUUUUAGGAUAUUUUGGUGAUUUAAUGAGCUAGCUAUUAAAAUUUAACAUAGAAGUAAACCUGAAAUUAUUUUCUAGUUUACACAAAUUGCGAAUUCCAUUGAAAACAUUUUAUUUCGGUACUAUUAUAUUAGGUGUGAUCAUGCCUUUAUUUUCAACACUUUCAUGGAAGUUCAGUAACAAGUGUGUUUAUCAGAUUCAUUCUACUAGCCCCUUUACUUGGCAUUCUGCAUGCAAAGCUCUAGAGUUGUUCCAGGAACACUUCUUAACCUUAGUAGUAGCCAUUGCUGAUAGUAUUGUAAAAUAAAUAAAUAAUAGUGACAGUUCUAACUGUUGGUCCUGAAAUCAUACUGAAAAUAUAAAUAAAACUAAUCUUAUCCAAGAGAGAGCUUUCUGCUAUACAAGAAAUGUAAUUGUACUUUAUGUCAGUCAUUCAACCAACCAAUCUGAUUUUCAAGCAAAUAAAGAUCUCCUGCUUGACAGUG